CGCGACUUCCUCCUAGUUUCAUUAUCGGAUGAGCGACGACGAGCAACCCGUUGCGACGAGAGCGGCCAUCUCGCGGACAUCACAAGCUUGCCAAAGAUGCCGCUCUUUGAAAACCCGCUGCUUACCAAGCAGCCAAGCAGGGACAUGUCAACGAUGUUUCGCUGCUGGACGUGAAUGUGCAUGGGCGGAGGCUCCUCGCAGGGCUAGGAAGCUGCGAGCACCAUCACGUAUCUCACAAGUUGAGCAAAAGAUCGAUGGGCUUGUCGCGAGUCUUGUCAACCCCCCUGCGACAAAAUCCACGGCAGGCACAACACCAGUAUCUCUAGGUACCGAACUUCCAACAGCGUUAGGCGGAGAUUUCGCACCCCAAACAAACCGAGGAAGAAUACCAAUAGCACCUGGAACCUGGCUUCCGUUCCCGUCGUCAUUCGAGCAGCGCCCUGAGCAGCAUCCUGAGCCUCCAGAAACACCUGCAGAGCGGGUCGAGGAGGGUGAAGAUGCGGCUGACCGUCAAUACAUUGAGCAAAUCCGCAGUAUACACAGCUUUGGUGACCCUGGUGAGUAUUCCCAGUAUCCGGAGAGCCUUUUCAGACCUUCAAAACGACGUGAGGAGCCAAUCAAAGACGACCUUAUUGAUGGCCUCUUAACUUCUGGCGAGGCGGAUGCUCUGUUGCAUGAGUACAGAAAAAUGUCAGAAUCUUUCCCAUUUGUACCAUUGGCGUCAGAUAUUUCAGCUCGGCAGCUCCAUUGUGAUGCGCCUAUGCUGUUCCUUGCUAUGAUCACGGCUGCAUCGUGGAGAGAGCAUAAGCGCCAGAUGUCUCUGGACGCCAUCUACAGGCAAGAGCUUGCGAACCGUACAAUCAUACGCCCACGCAGGAAUUUGAGCCUUGUGCAGAGUGUGCUCGUAUACCUAUCCUGGUACCACUUCGUGUUCUCUCACAAAACUCAACAAAUCUUUUUCCUUCACCAUCUUGUUAUUGGGCUUGCCCUCGACAUUGGACUUCAUUGUGACUUUCAGCCCAUGUUCCUGGCUCAUAUGAAAAAGCCGCAACAGAUCGACCCCAAGGAGAAGCGUGAGCGCCAACGAGCAUUUCUUGGCUGCUAUUAUCUUGCCUCUAUGGUCUCCGCGGCUCUGCAAAAGCCUAACUUACUCAAGCACAAUUCCGACAUGACUGAAUGGGCACAAGAACUGAAGCAUCACGGAGAGUUCACUACUGACGAGGUACUUGGACAUCUUGUUUCAUUGCGACAACUAGACGAUCAAGUCCAGAACACCCUUUUCACUGGUACUGCGGCAAAUGCUCGGCUUACCGACGCACACGUGGUCAUACACAUACGGUUUUUGGAAACACAACUUGAUGCUUGGAAACGAGAUAGUGAGGGUGUAGAGUGCCAGCGAGUGCUGGUCCUCUCGCAUGCGUACACCGACAUGAUGCUCCACUCAGUUGCAUCUCGCCCAUUGCCUGAGUCUGCGCAGCCAUCGGCAACUGAUGGCACGCAUGUGAAAGCAUUGCUCUCGACUUUAGAGGCAGCGAAGCGCUUCUUCGAUACCCUGUUAUCAUUCUCAGCGUCUGACUACCAUCUCAUUUCCUUCUCAGAGUGGAUGCGGUUGCCAGCAGCCAUGAUGACUGUUGCGAAGCUAUGCAUUCCCAAUAAGGCACAUGCUACUGUGGGCUGGGAUGCCAAAGCAGCACAAGAUCUAGUGCGUCUAGAGAUUUGUCUUGAAGCUUUGUGCUAUCGGUUCCAGAAUCAAACGACGUAUAACAAGGUCACACAGCCUCAUCCUGACUUCUGGUGGGCCAUGCGGUUCGUAACAGACUUGACGCGAACUUGGUACGUCCGGAAAAUCAACCCUGAGACACAAAUGGACGCCUCUACUCGUCCCACCCCGAGCAAUAGUACUGCAAACAAUCUCUUGUGUCCAAAUUCUGGAGCAUUGCCCACACCUCCGGACGGACACGCGCAGAACCAGUUCGCUGAUCUUGCAGACAUGGACUUUAGCAACAUGGAUAUGGGUAUCGGAACAAGUGAAGAUGGAGGGAAUGAUCCUUUCGCGUUUAUGAAGUCUGCAGAUUUCGACAUGGAGCAAUUCUUCGACAUGGGUAUAUGGGGCGAUGAUGCAUACCACGGCAUGGGUUUUGGAGGUGGUGGCAUGCAGUUCUGAUCUCUCCAUUCCUCCAUCCAGCUUGCCAUCGGUCCGGUGGAGUUGUGACCACACGAAUUUCUUUGAAAAGUGUUGUCAUUACACAAAAUCAUAUCUCGGGCUUAGAUGUCGCGAAUAAAUUGUCGAUCAUCUCCCACCCCGCAUGUUUCAACCCCACAAACUAGGAACAUUCCGAGAUGAAACGCAGAAAACACUUCCAACAUGGAAGUGAGCCCGUUAGCGCCCGCCGGAG